CGUACGGGAUCAUUGUCAUGCCUGUCAAAGUUGCAGUGGAUCCACCGCCGCCUGAGCACUCUCGGCAACCUGGUGUGACUACGUCCCUCCUCUACAAUGGUUCAAGAUUCCAAGGAUCCCAAAAAAGCAAAGGCAACUGCUAUGAAGUUGAAGUUAUAUUGCAGUAUGUGGACAUGGAAAAUGCCUAUUUAUGUGGUUACUUAAAGAUUAGAGGCUUGACAGAAGAAUAUCCUACAUUAACAACAUUUUUUGAUGGUGAAAUCAUCAGUAGUAGACACCCUUUCUUAACAAGAAAAUGGGAAGCAGAUGAGGAUGUAGACAGAAAACACUGGGGCAAGUUUGUGUCAUUCUACAAAUUUGCAAAAACGUUCAAUGCAGAUAAUUUCGAUUAUGAGGAGUUAAAACAUACAGAUUAUGUCUUCAUGAGGUGGAAGGAACAUUUUCUGGUACCCAAUCACAGGAUAAAGGAUAUAAAUGGGGCAUCCUUUGCUGGUUUUUACUACAUUUGUUUUCAAAAGCAAAAGCAGUCAAUAGAAGGAUAUUACUAUCACCGAAGUUCAGAAUGGUAUCAAUCACUGAGCUUAAAGCAUGUCCCUGACCGCAGCAUAUCAGUGUUUGAGUUCAGAUAAAACUGCGUCUUGACUUGAGCAUGGCUGAAGUGCUGAGAUUCUGCCCGGGUGGUCUGAAGAGAAUAUCCUGAAGGACUUUCAUAGCUCGAUGAAUGACAGAAUGCUGGGUCUGUUUAUCUAUGAUGGAUUCAUACGCCCUCAAAACUCUCCAAUAGAUAGUAACACCAUUGAAGAGUGGAUAGGACAAGAUGUAACAAAGACCUGGAUAUGUCAUAUGUGUUCUUGCAGUGUACAUGUGCAGCCGUAUAAACUGCUGUUGUAUCAAACCAAUAUCAGUUUACGUGAUAUGUAAAUGACCCUAUUGUAGCUCAUGCUAAUUGCGCCCUUUCUGAAGCGCUGAUAAGGCCCUGUUGCAGUGCUUUCAGUUGGUUGGGUGGUGACUGGGGGCCACAGAGAGUGGUGUAUGCCUUGGGGCAUGAGAGAAAGUACUCAACCAGAGACCAUAAGGAUGUAUCCCCUUGUGAAUGUAUAUAUAUGAGGCUGAAGAAAAAACAACAUUUUAUGUAUUCUACUUGUAAUUGAAGUGUAUGAUUUUCUUGGGAGGUCUUUGCUGGAAGACAUUCAGUUAGUCCUGCUAACCCCAAAGCUCCAUGUAAAACAUAGAUGUUCAUUCUUUAAGAACUAAUUACCAGUAGGAAACUACCUGUUGAUAGGACAUUAUCUAUUCUCAGGAUAUUGUUAGUUAAAGUUCAGUGAUAUUACAUGCAGCAUUGUCUGGUUUGUCCAAUAAAUUCAUGUGUUUAUAAUAGACCUUUAGGUUAAAAACUUGUUUAGGAAUACAUCACUACCUGUGUUAUUCAUGUCUGGUCUCAAGGACUUCUGAUAGUCAUUGUUAUUUUCUAAGGUUUUAUUGUUCUGUAGUAAAGGCCCCUGAAGGCCACUGGAGUUAACAUUAUAAGUUAGCUGAUAUAGGUAAAUAUAGGGGAGUUUGGAUACAUCAGACUGUAUUUCAUCUGAAGUUUAGCUUUUUCCCAGUAACUUUUUUGCCUUGGUUUUGAUGGAUUCAUACGCCUUAUAGGACCACUUAAGAGUUUGUUGUGAUGUUUGAUUAAUUUCUUAUGAGGAAAAUGUGAGUGUUUGGCUGAAAAGUAUCAUUUCAAGGCCUUCACAUGCUUCUGACAGGUCAUUUUUUCAUGUCGAACUUGAGGUGAAAUACAGUGGACCAUUCGCUCUGCAUAUAUUGAAACUGCUUCCAGAAAGUUGCUUCAAAUCAAAAUUCUUCCCAGAACGUUUGCAGAGGAAACAACUACAAGAAGUAGCACUUUCCUGAACCCUUCCAUAGCCUUUUGUUUUCCACGUGAAGAUGUAGGUUGUAGCUAGCAUUGUGAUCAACUGUCCAACUGUGUCUUUAUUAUGUGUAUGCUAUGUAUAUAGAUGUACUCUUCUGAAGAAAUGAUUUAAAUUGCUGGGUUUUUUUUUUGAAGGCAAGAGUGUAAAAGAGGUAACCACACCAUAAUCUUCUACUGUGGUUUUUGUUUACCAUCUUUCAUUUUGUUAAGUUUAGUUGUAUCUGACUAUUCAUUAUAUUAUCUGAUUUAUUUAUUUAUGUCUUCUUUUUUUUAACAUACCAGUGAUGUCCCGGAUCUGUGGACAGAUGCAAUUCCAGGUGUAUAUUUCCUAUUGGUUACUCUUCUGUUAAUACACAAGCUCCUUUUUAUAAAGCACUUCUGUUUUGUGUUUCUCGUUUAACAAUCUACAAAACCUGGUGCAUUAUUAGGUAAGAAAACAACAGUAAAAGGAAGGUAUUGCCUCUUUCAUAAAGAGCAAAAUCAACAUUGUGUGUGUUUUUGCCUUGAAAGUUAUGUAUAUGUAAUGCUACAUCACCAUCGGGCAUAAACUCAGAAGUUAAAUUGCAACUG